UUUGGACGCAGAGGAAAAGGAAAAGUCAGCUCACGACGAUGUUGUGAUCGGCGUGUGUCGUCAUCAUCACAGCAAGCAUAGACCAGCAGCGUCGCGCUAAGAAUUUCGGGAUUGUGAGACAUUUCUUUUUUGUCACACACAUGUGACAAACAUCACGCGCGUCUCAAGGCGGUCGUCACCAACGGAGACGCAGUCUGCUCGUGAAUCCGGUCGUCGACGGUUGGUCUGAUCCGGGUUCUGGCCUACGGAGUGUGUGUUUGACGGGGCAGAAGAUUCGAAGAUCGUGCGUGGUCAAGUGAGCAGUGAACCAUGACCAAGUUCAACAAGGCUCUGUGUCGGGGAACGGCUACUGCGGUUCCGCUGCCCAAACAGGGCUACGAAAUCGGCCACAAGGGUUUGGAGGGGUCGCAUAUGACCAUGACCAUGGGUGGUUACGUGGGUCACAAUCGUGGUAGCAAUGGGGAGAGUGAGUUCUACCACCACCAAUCAAGUGCAACGAAUCCGGGAUACGUCGUAAACGGCGCCUGUGGUGGUGGCUUGACGGCCGAGCAGAAGCUCAAGCUGAACAUCCAGCAGUUGCAGAUCCGGCAGAAACAGUUGCAACUUCACCAGCAGAGUUCUGGAGAUGAUUUUGACGAGGACGAUGAAGACGACGACGACGACGACGACGAGGGGUGUGGUGUUGGGGGUGGAGUGGAUUUUAGUUCCGAGGCCGAGGCCGAAGAGCACGUGCUGGCACCGGUUCGGGGCCCCGGAUGUAUGGCCACCGCGAACAGGCCGUGUUUGGCGUGGGCCUGCAAGGCUUGCAAGAAGAGGAGCGUCGCCGUGGACCGGCGGAAAGCGGCUACCCUGCGGGAGCGAAGGCGGUUAAGGAAGGUUAACGAGGCAUUCGAGGUUCUAAAACGUCGCACAAGCACGAACCCAAACCAGCGGUUACCAAAGGUGGAAAUCCUUCGGAACGCCAUCGAGUACAUUGACAGCCUGCAAGCCCUGCUCGAGGAAACGCCUCCCAUCCGCCAGAGUCCGGACAUCCUCACCGACAGUAGCUCGGCGUCCAGCUUUUCAUCACCCCAGGACUACAUGAACUGCUGCUCCAACAGUUACCUGCGCGAACGGUUACACCAGCUCAGCAAGGACAGCGACCGUUACUCGCCAAUCACCGGCCACCACCCCUCCAACUCAGCCAACGGCUCAAGUCUGGACUGUCUGAACCUGAUCGUCCAAAGUAUUACGAACGUGUCGGCUGCUGCAGCAGCGGCGGCGGCAGCGACAACCUCAACGACGACGACGACACUAGCGACAUCGUCCCCGCCAGGAUCGUCGACGUCCAAAAUGACGGCACUACCUUAGGCCCGCCAAAAUGCCAUAGUUCAAAUAAGUGCAAUAGCUCCCUAGUCCCGUGCUCUCUCUCUCUAAUUAAUUGUAAAUAUUCGCUACGUUGGGAGCAAACAAUGCCUUUCCUUUUUGGCGUCAUCGUAAAUUAAAGGGGCUAAAGCGUUGCUCAACCUUUUUUAUUGUGUUUAGAGAAAGAAGAAACUAGUGCCAGUCGUAAAGAGCAGCAGUAGUUGAAAGCCAGUAACAGUAUAAAUUGCUUUAUCUCUCUCUCUAUGCAAGAGUCAUUAGGGAAUGCCAAAAAUUGCAACGCUAGCCGGGGGUAAAUGAGUCGAGGGAAGGAACAAUACUUUUAUUGUCUUUAGUUUAGUUUAGAGUGUAAUCCUGGUGCAUGAUAUAUAUAUCAAGCAAUUUACGCAACAGCGCAGCCCUUUUUUUGUCUUGGGUUUGAGAAAUGGCAAAGUGAAAUGCGUUAAUUGAGAAUAAAUUAUUUUUGAAGCGAAUGAUAUUUUUAAA